AUGUAUCCUUCUGAUAUGGAUUUUGCCCGCGAGAGUGGCACGAUGUUGAUUCCCACACGUUUUGUGUGGCCUUAUGGUGGGAGAAAUGUACAAAUCAGUGGCUCAUUUACUGGGUGGACACAACUGCCAAUGGCUCCGGUUGAGGGAUGCCCUACAGUGUUUCAGACAAUAUGUAGCCUACCACCGGGUUAUCAUCAGUACAAGUUUGUUGUCGAUGGUGAAUGGCGACAUGAUGAGCAUAGACCUUUUGUCAGUAGUAACCUGGGAACGGUGAACACUAUCCUCUUAGAAAGGGAAGCAAACUAUCUUCGUGCAAUGCCAAGUGAACAAGUUCCUCCUGUUUCUGAUUCCAACAUGGAUGUUGAUAAUGAUGCCUUCCGCCAUGUGGUUCGAGUUUCAGAUGGUACGUCGUAUGAGCCCCUUUCAAGGGUUUCUGAAGCAGAUUUGAAGAUAACCCGGCUUCGUAUAGCUUCAUUUUUGUCAAUGCAUAUGGCUUAUGAGUUACUUCCUGAAUCAGGCAAGGUCAUUGCUUUGGAUGUUGACCUUCCUGUGAAGCAAGCGUUUCAUAUUCUGCACGAGCAGGGAAUCUCUGUGGCACCUUUAUGGGACUUCUUGAAGGGGAAGUUUGUUGGAGUUCUUAGUGCACUGGAUUUUAUAUUAAUUAUGAGAGAGCUAGGUAAUCAUGGGUCCAAUAUGACAGAGGAAGAGCUAGACACACACACUAUAUCUGCUUGGAAAGAAGCAAAAUCAUUCCUGAACGGUCAAAUUAAUGGGCAAGGAAGUGCAGUUCCAAGACUUCUUUUGCAUGCUGGGCCAAAUAAUGAUUUGAAAGAAGUUGCUUUGAAGAUUUUGCAAAGUGGUGUGUCUACAGUUCCUAUUAUUCAUUCACCUUCGGAGCAUGCAUCAAACCCACAGCUAUUGCAUCUUGCUUCUCUUUCCGGAAUACUGAAAUGUAUUUGCCGAUAUUUCAGACAUUCAUCAAGCUCAUUGCCAGUACUUCAAUUGCCAAUCUGUGCAAUCCCUGUUGGUACUUGGGUUCCGAAAAUUGGGGAGCCAAAUCAGCGGACUUUGACGAUGUUGAGACCCAAUGCAUCACUUAGUGCAGCACUGAAUUUAUUAAUUCAAGCUCAAGUUAGUUCGAUCCCCAUUGUCGACAACGACGACUCUUUGUUGGAUGUAUAUUCUCGAAGUGAUAUUACUUCUUUGGCUAAGGACAAUAUUUAUACGCACAUUAAUCUUGAAGAAACAACUAUUCAUCAGGCGUUGCAAUACCGAGAUGAUGACUACGGGAAUCAAAGAUGUCACAUGUGUCUGCGGUCCGAUUCACUGCAUAAAGUCAUGGAUAGAUUAUCCAAGCCAGGCGUCAGACGGCUUGUGAUUGUAGAGGCUGGAAGCAAACACGUAGAAGGGAUUAUUUCACUGAGCGAUAUCUUUAGGUUUCUUUUGGGUAUGUGA